UCAGCUGACAUUGUUUUCCCAUUGCAUUUCCAUGUAUUAUAACCUUCCUUUGGACAAAAUGCUUGUAUUUUUACGUCAGAUUGCCCGUAACAAUUUUCAUAGGAACAUACAGCGACUACGAGAAACAUUUCCUUCAAAAACAAUAUAUACAACACCAAUUCCAAGACACGGCGAAUAUGAAUGGCAAGAUCCCAAGACCGAAGACGAAAUCGUGCGUGUCACAUAUAUUGAUAAAAAUGGAAAACGGAUUGAGGUGAAAGGAAAAGUUGGAGAUAAUGUCCUAUAUUUAGCUCACCGCUAUGAAGUUGAAAUGGAAGGAGCUUGCGAAGCAUCUUUAGCUUGUACCACUUGUCAUGUGUAUGUACACGGAAAUUUUUUGGAUAAAUUGCCGGAAGCAGAUGAGAAGGAAGAUGAUUUAUUGGACAUGGCACCAUUUCUGAGAGAAAACUCAAGGCUAGGAUGUCAAAUAGUUUUAAAUAAAGAAUUAGAUGGCAUUGAAUUGGAACUUCCUAAAGCUACACGAAACUUUUAUGUCGAUGGGCAUAAACCAAAGCCACAUUAAAUUCAAAUUAUUGAGUUACAUCGAAUAUACAUAUUACUAUUAAAUAUUUUGUUGAUCUGUAGAGUACAUAAACAUGUAAAUGCUGUGUAGUACAUUAAACUAUUAAUAGCGUAACAA